AUGCCACGCGUUCAGUUUAUUGGACAGAUCAGUUUGUCAUUUGGCAAUACUUUGCCAGAACUAUGUUCAAAACUAAAAAACUUUGGUAUUGGCCGUUUAUUUGUACGUACAGCUCAGGAUCAAAAUAAAGAAGUAUCCUAUGUUGUCUUAACCAAAAGUCGUCCAAUGAUAACACAAACACCACCUAAAGUAAUCAUUGGUAAACUCGACGAAAUAACGGUACUUACACGAAAACUACCCGAUACUCAAAGUGAAUUUGUUGGGCGUAUAGUUGAGAAUGGUCUUGUGCUAAAUAGUGGACGGGAAACGAAAAUUCCAAGUGCUACCAAUCCUGAUUGGCGAUUAAUCCGUAAAGAAGAUGAAGCUUAUUAUCUUAAACAUACGAGUAAAACACAAGAAACAUCUGAUAAAAAUCGUGAAAAAACAAAUAUUACUCUUUUACAAGAACAUAUUCCUGAUAUAAUUAAAUUUUGGGCAAGAACCAAUGGAUAA